AUGGCGCCUUUUAAGGCUUUGUAUGGUAGGAGAUGUAGAUCUUUAGUUGGUUGGUGUGAUGCAUUUGAGGGUCGACCUUGGGGUACGGAUCUUUUUAGAGAGUCUCUAAAGAAGGUUUUAUUAAAGAUUUCACCCAUGAAGGGUGUUAUGAGGUUUGGGAAGAGAGGUAAGUUGAGUCCAAGGUAUAUUGGGCCAUUUGAGAUUCUUGACCGUGUGGGCGAUAUUGCUUAUGAGUUGGACUUGCCGCAAGGCUUGGCAGGAGUUCAUCCAGUUUUUCAUGUGUCGCAGAAGAAGUAUCAUACCGAUGGUACUUAUAUUAUUCGUUGGGACUCGGUAUUUCUUGAUGAGAAUUUGACUAAUAAGGAGGAGCCUAUUACGAUUUUGGAUAGGCAAGUUCGAAAGUUGAAGUCUAAGGAGAUUGCUUCUGUGAAGGUGCAAUGGAAGCAUCGUCCCGUUGAGGAGGCCACUUGGGAGGCUGAGUUCGACAUGCGUAGCCGACAUCCUCAGUUAUUUUUCGAUUCAAGUACUUCUCCGUUCCUUUCCCUUCGUCGCUCAAGGAUGAGCGAUGGUUUAAUUAGUAUCUGA